AUGCUGAUUAUCGGUUUAACUGGUGGCAUCGCCACAGGUAAAUCAUCUGCUAGUGCCUAUUUUAAAUCGCAAGGUAUUCCUAUUGUUGAUGCUGAUAAAAUUGCUCGUCUUGUUGUUGAACCUGAUAGGCCUGCUUAUUAUCAAAUAUUAAAACAAUUUGGUCAUUUAAAUAUUCUUGAAACGAAUAGUCGAUCGUUAGAUCGAAAGCGUUUAGGUGAUGUUAUUUUUACUAAUGAACUAAUGCGUAAACAAUUAAAUAGAUGUACACAUGGCUAUAUUCGUCGUGAAGCUCUUAAACAAUUGAUAGGAAGUUUUUUUCAAUUUCGAUCAAUUGUUAUAUGGGAUGUCCCACUUUUAUUUGAAGUUGGUCUUGAUCGAUUUUUAUCAAAUACAUUAGUUAUAUUUUGUGAUCAAACAGUUCAAUUAGAUCGUUUGAAAAAACGCGGCGAUAUCAGCGAUGAUGAACAAGCAUUAAAACGUAUCAAUGCUCAAAUGGAUUUAAAUGAAAAGUGUCGACGAGCACGUUAUAUUAUCGAUAAUAAUAGUACAAAAGACGUAUUACAUAAACAAUUGAAAGAUUUUCUAACUAAAAUUCAGUUCAGUCAAGUGAAUACUUUAGUUUGGUUUGUUGUACUCUGCAUACCACUCGCAUUAACAUAUGGUAUUCUUCGACUUUGGGAUUUAAUAGAUCAAUUUAAAUAUCGUAAUUGA